AUGCGCCAACGCCUCGCCCUCCGCCGAAUCCUCCUCCAGAGGCUCUUCCAGCUCCAGACACAGACGUCGACCCGCCCCUUCACCAGCAACACCGCCGCCCUCACCUCCUCCCGCCGCGGCCGCCCACAGCUCCCCUUCCUCGCGAUACCCAUCACCACGCGGCCCCGCGCCCGCUACUUCACCACCGAGAAGAAGCAGUGGCUCAAGUUCGAGUCCCGCCUCUUCCUCCGCUACAACGUCUCCAUCUGGGGCGGCGCCCUCUGCAUCCUCGCCAUCGUCUUCCUCCUCAACCAGGAGCGCCUCGAGAAGGAGUUCCCCACGCCCCACGAGUGGUCCGUCAUCACGCGCAUGCGCAUCCGCGGCGCAAAGGUCGCCGCCGCGCAUCCCCAGCAGAGGCAGGUCGACUGGAUCGAGGUCAUCGUCUCGUGCAUCGAGGCGCUCAAGAGGCUGGAGGACCCCGCCGUCGACGGCGCGGGCAUCAGGGAGCUGCUCGACGAGCCGCUGUCCGUCGAGGGCGUGGGGGCCGCGGGCAAGGACGUCUCGGCCAAGAGCGAGAACUGGCGGAGGGGCUACUACGAGGUGCUGAUGCUCACAGCGCAGGCCGCGGAGCAGCUGGACGGCUGGGUCAGGGACACGACGCGGGACAUGGUCUUCCCGCCCGAGAUGGUCAUCGGGCCGUCGAACCCGCGCCCCAAGCCGAUCCCGCCGGGCUCCGAGAAGGCGCCCAUGGAGGAGAACUGCGUGGUCGCGUACGAGCCCGCGGAUAACAUAUACCUGCGCGUGCUGAUGACCAAGGGCUUCACGAACCGGCAGAAGAUGGACGCCGCGCUGGCGUACGCAUCGUUCCUCGACUUCAAGAAGAUGUCGGACGCCGCUGACAAGAUGUACGAGUGGGCGCUGUCCCUCGCGACGGAGACGGCUCCCGCGUCGUUGGUCGACGCCCGCACGUAUACCAUCAACGACAAGACGACGCUGCCCUCCGAGAACGUGCUGCAUGUCCUCACGGCGAUCGCCGCGCAUAAGGCGCGCACCGGCGACGUGACCGCCGCGCUGCCCAUCUUCAUCUCUGUCCUCCGCGCCCGCCGCUCGUUGCCCUCGACGCCCCUCCCGGGCCAGGAACGUCCUCAGGAGGUCCCCAAGACGCUCUGGCAGAGAGCUUGGGACCUGGCCUCGGCACCGAAGUACCCGCCGCCGCCCGAUGACGGCUCUCGCCCUCCCUGGAGGCACCCGAAGGAAUUGUGUGAGGAGGCCGGGCUGAAUCUGUACAUCGGCGAGAUCCUGUACUCGUCGAAGGACGGGAAGGCCAACCGGGAGGAAGGUCUCGCUUGGACCCGGGACGCCGUCGAUCUGGCCGAGGAACAGCUCCGCAAGCUCGGCACUGCGGGAGGCGACAAGGAGGCCCGCCAGACGUGCCGCGAGUGUCUGGGCGCCGGUUUGGACAACUGGAAGGCCAUGGUGGCGAGGCUGGCCAAGGAAGAGGAGGAGAAGAAGAAGGCUGGCCCUAAGAAGUCCGCGUUCGGUUUCUGGACCGAGACACAGACUGUUGAUGGAAGGUGGGCGGCGGAAGAGGAGGUCGUCAAGGAGAGGAUACGCCGCACGAGGGAGUUGCUCUUCAAUGUUGAGCCGCCGGCUGCUGGGCUCGCGUCGUUGCUCCAGGCGUAA